AGAACGCCUCCAUUCCACCUGGGGGUUCGAACCGCGGCCGAGGGACGAAGCGGAACGAAGCCGCGGCCGCUGCACGGCCCAGCAGAGCCAACGGCCCCAGCAGCCCCGGCACCGCGCGGCAGCCCCUCGCACCGCAGGGACGGAGCCCGCGGGGCCAAUGGCGCGGCCACUCCCCCUCACCCCCCAGGGCGGACUCCCACCGCGGCCCCCCACGACAGAGAGGCGGCAGCCCCCGCCCCUGAUCGCCUGGCAGCGCCCGCUCCCCUCAGCCCCACCAGCAGGCCCCGCAGCCCGGCCCGAGGCGCCGCGCAGGCCGCAGCACCCACCUGCUCCUCCUCCCAGCGCGGCAGCCAUGGCUCCUCGCCGUGCCCAGGCAGCGGCAGCCCCCGACAGCGCCUCCGGUGCCGCCCCCGGGAGCGGCGGGGAGAGGAGGGAACGGGGAAGGGCCCGGAUUCAGCGCCCGGCGGCGGCCCCUCGGCGCGCAGCCACCACCGGUGAACAACAAACUACCACAACAUGGCGGCCACCACCGCCGUCGCUGUCGCCGCCGCCCCCGCGUUGCAUGAUGGGAUGGCGGAGGACCGGUCCCUCCCUCUCGUGGAGGGAGGGCCAUAGGCGCCGCUGGUUGGUCAACGAGAACUGCGAACGGCAUCCGCUGCGCACGCGCAGUACUUUCAGCCUGAGGUUUAGAUGGCAGGGCGAGCGGGGCGAGAGUGCGCAUGUGCGGGAGGUGGGGCGGCCUGGGCUGUGCGCGGCUGAGGGGCGGGAGUGCGCAUGCGUCGUAUCUGGUGUUGGUGUUGCGGAUGUUGGGAGUUGCGUAGCGGCUCUUUCGGGCCUUCGGAGGGCCGCGGAAUCGCUUUCCACGCCACCGCACCUUCCUCAGUGUCCUUCGAGUUCAGCUUCCUGCUCCACGCAGAACCCAAACCCAACCCUUAUGGCUGAGAGCGGUGUCCCAACGCUCCCUGAGCUCCGGCACUCAGGGCCGUGCCCGGUGCCCUGGGCAGCCCGUUCCAUGCCCACUGCCCUCUGGGGUACAGCCUUUCCCUCACCCCCAGCUGCCCUCCCGUGACAGAUCCAUGCUGUUCCCUCGGGCCCUGUCAGUGUCCCUCUGCUCCCUGUGAGGAGCCACAGGGCUACGAGGCCACUCCACAGCCUGCUCUGCACUCACAGACACAGGGAUAUCAGCUGCUCCUCACAUCCCUUGCCCUCCAGACCCUUCAUCUCCACAGCCCUCCUUUGGACACUGUAAUAUUUUUAUGUCUUUGGUGAGGUCGCACCAGAGCAGAGCAGGGCAAAGCCUUCCUUCGGAUCCCUUCCUCUCCCACGUGGAUACACUCCAGGACACUGUGGUGCUCUUCCAUCUUUCAAGGUUUGAGUGCAUGGGAACGUUAGGUUUAAGUAAACCGAAAUUGUUCAUUCAUGCAGAUCUUGCUUCUUCACUCAAGACCUCUCCUGUAUACAUAUCAAUACUUCAUAAGUUCGUAGAAUCAUAGGAUCAUUAAGGUUGGAAGAAAAUCUCUAAGACCAUCUAGUCCAAUUACCACUAACCCAUGUCCCUCAGUGCCCCAUUUCCCCUUUCUUCUUGAAAACCUCCAGGGACUGUGACUCCACCACCUCCCUGGGCAGCCCAUUCCAAUACCUCACCACUCCUGAGCAGAAAUGUUUCCGAAUAUCCAACAUGACAUAACACACUAGAUCCGAUUUCCCUGCAGACUAAAAGUCCUUCUCCACCGCUCGUUUCUCUAAGCAUUUCGCUCCUAGCUCAGUAAUACACUCCUCCUCUCCUUUUCAGAGGACCUAAUGACUCUGCGACCACAGGGCGCAUCAGGUCACUGAUGUCACAGAAAGCUAACCUGUGUAAGCCAACCCAUAUUAGCUUUCCUUCUAAUGGGGGAACAGGACUUAUGGCAUUCUGAACAGAUCAAGUUAAGGAGCAUAAAAAUGUGCCUUGAUAUACAGCAAACUUAGUUUAUACUAUUUGUAAAGCCCAAUCUGAAUUAAAGGAAUAUUGUGGAGCCUCAUAUAGCAAGACUAGUUCAAGUAACAAGCAAAACUUUCCCAAGUGGACAAGUCCUCAUGGAAAUAAUUAACAAUGUUAAUAUUUAAAUUAUCAACAUUAUCUGAUUAAAGGCACGCUAAGAGAAUAGGGAAGUUCUCAUGUCACUUUGCUCCAGGCUCCCUGUAGACUCAUCCCUGCAUUGCAUUUGGUCUCAUUUUUUAGCUUUGCUUCACAACUGUACAGCUAGAGAUUUAUUCUUUAUAGACUCCUGUACACUCACAGCCAAAUUCCUACUUUAAUUUAGGAAACACACCACCGGUAGGGCAACGCUCGUAACUUAAUACAUAGUCCAUCUGUCCAGCUCUGAUUGCCUCACAUGGAGGUAGAAGGUAAAACGUGAAUCCUCCUACUAUAGGUGGUAAAAAAUGUGGCGAUUCCUGUGGGGCUGGAAUUGCAGCCAUUACAUCUUGGUAUCCAUCUUUCUUUUGGGUAACUGUUUUGCAACACGAAAGGAUUUCCUGGCACAGGAGGGAGUUCUCUGGUCCCUUUAAAGGCUGCAGGAAAAAAAUGCAUGGGGUGAGAAUCAGUCCGUCUCAGCAGCAGGUUGUUAUAUUUCACAGCUCUUGACAGAAAUCUGUUCUUUCUGGCUGAGGGUGGGAAAUGAAGUAUUAAAUGUAAAUGGUCUGGAACAGGGACUCAAACUACGAUGACAGAGACAAGUGUAGUGGCUGUACCCACCUUCACUCAGGUGAGUUCUGUUUCCUGUCUGUGAGUUUUCAAAUUCCAGGUACCACAACUGCUCUGGAUCCUCAAUAAAAAUUCUUACUUCCACUCAGUUCUACCUAACCUGUGCUGUAUAAUGCAAGUAUGCCCAGGUUCUUUCUGUCAAUAAGAGGUUAACAGACUUGCCAACUUCAGGAAGUUUUAAACCCAUGAAUUAAAAUGAGUCAAUCUGAACCAAUCACCAGUUUAUUAAAUAAUUCUGCAAAUUCUACAAAUAAAAUGUAUUUGUCAGCGCAUCUUCCAAUCUGUGAUUGGGAAUCCUACAGCUUGUUUUACAAUGGGAUUAAGUAAACAACUGAGCAAAAACUCAAGAUGCCUCUAACUCUGGCUCUGCUCUGUCUUGCUGCAUUACUGGGGCAGCUUACCUUCCAUCUGCUGCAACACACUUCCUUCUGUAAACUGCGUAGAAUAUUGCUAAACUACUUUUUUUAUCUAUUUAGAUAGACCUUUAUGCUCAGAUUGUUAUUUUUUGCAUGCACACUAAAGUGGAUGAAAGCUGUAAUUCAGAAAUCCAAUAAAGCAGAAUUCCAAGCUUAAUUCCACUAAACAUUCAAUGUAAGGAAAGUAAGGACAGUGUUAUCAACAGUAAAUGGCUGCUAACUCCUUAGAGAAAAUAUCUUUCUGGUUUCUCUUGUACCACAGUAGUCUCUUCAUGAGCUUUCAUUCCAGUUUCACUCAGCCUGAUAAAGGAAUAAAAGAAGUUUUGUUACUUGUAUUUAUUAACUAUGUUAUACAUUUCCUAUGCAGCCCAAGACAAUUUCUUUUCACUCAGUGUGGCCCAGGCAAGACAAAAGGUUGGAUACUCAUGAUUUAAAGGAUACAAAUGAGGUGUGUGAAAGUUAAUUCACUCUAUUACAGGUGUCUUUGGCCCUGUUGAUAAAGGCAGCAGUCCUCAAAGGCUGCACUGCCUCUGGAAAGAUAUGCACAGAUGAAAUAUGUUUUUCCUUUGAACAUGUUCCACAUAAGCACAAAGGCAGAAGAGGAAUUAGGGAGGACUUAGAAAACAAGUAGAUGUCUUAAUGAAUGAGAAUAGCAUGAAAAUUAAAACAAUGGAAAUACGAUAAAAAAUGUGAUUAAUUUUGAAUAGAAGACAUUUGAAUAGAAAGUUCUGAUAGCUUCAGAACUUCAGGACCUGUUCAUGAAGAUCAUCUGUUGUUAUCACUAUCAUUUUCAUUGUUUCCAUUCCCUGUUCUUGUUGUUUAUUUAUCCAUUUGAUGCAACUUGUCUGCCUUGUUGUCUGCAACCUACUUGAUGGAUCUUAUUUCGGUUAUGAUUUCUUCAGAGCAACACGACCCAAGGACCACUGAAACAGCUGCUGGGUGGAGAAUGGGCACCUUUGUGUGCUGAGAAAUGGUCCUAACAAGCAGUGUGCCUAUCAAGUGUAUUAUUAAUGUGUAUUGUGUGAAGUCUCUAGAAAGCUGGUCAGCCACCAAAGAUCAAAAUCUCAACAGAUUGAAUGCCCUGUACAGUGAAGCAGAGUACAAAACAUAAAUUAUCACCAGCACGAACCCAGGCUGAAGGAUAUACAUUACAGUCUAGACGGCAUAGCAGUAAUCAGUGAGCAAGGCAAAGGGGAGUGAAGCAAUACUGGCCUCCAGAUAUGCAAGAAGUACAGCCACCAAUUUAACUCAGCAUGUCAUUUGUGUAACGUGUCCCUUGGCUGAUUCUCUGGGAAUCAAAAGGGAGGGGGGCGCUGGACAUCUGCAGCUGCAGGAGGAGGUUCCAACUGUAGCUUUGGGUUCUGGGUACUGCUCUGGACCCCAGUGUUUGCAAUAUUUUUAGUGAUCUGGACAAAAGAAGGCAAGAAACUACAGAGGAACCCAGAUGUGAAAUGUAUUACAGGGUUUUAUUUGAGUAUUUUUUCAGUCUGGACCCUGGAAGUCCUGUGGACUUUGCAGAACAAAGGCCUGCAUCAAGAAACUGAUUGGUGUUAGAGGCAAUAGGUGAAGCCAAGUGAUGCUGACACGUGUAAGGCAGUCCUUUCUUUCAAGAAUGACUCAGUGGAAAUAGAGUGGAAAUGUAUAAUGUGUCUUAUUCUCAAGCAAAGGAAGCUGUACCCCAUGAAUGACUCAUCAGAACAAGUGAAGGUUAGAAGUGUUUCUGGAGGUUUCUUAAUGAGGACCCAAUAUAAAGCACUGGGGAUGUUCAGGUUGGUUAUCAGAAAAGGUUCUUUAUCGGAGGGUGGUGGACAUCGAACAGGCUCCCCAGGGCAGUGGGCACAGCUCCAAGCUGCCAGAGAUUAAGUAGCAUUUGGACAAUGCUAUCAAUCAUAUGAUUGAUUUUGAGGUGAUUCUAUGUGAAGCCAGGGGUUGAACUCAAUGAUUCUUAUUGGUCCCUUCCAACUUGGGAUAUUCUAUGAUUCUAUGAUUGCUGGCCUCACUUGAGUGCUGAGUUUGAGGAUGGAGUUUCUUCUUUUGUACACAAGCUGGCCUGUAUCAUACUUUACAGAGUAAUGAGAUGUAUGAUGACUUCAGGCAAACCUCAAAGCAGCACAAAAAGCAUUAGAGAUUCAGUCUCUUGUGACCCAUACCCGUGAGCAAAGCCCUGUGCUCUGUGGAGCCCUUCCAAACUUGGAGGCUUUCUACACAGGUACCAAAUAUUAACUGUCAUACAUUGACUUCCCAAUCACAGCUUAUGUUCCUAAAAACUCCUCAUACCAGAAGGCUAUAAUCCUGUUAAGGGCCUCUGGGAACUACUGCAAUGCAAAUAAUAGUAGCAAUAAUUAGCUCUACUUUAAUUGAUACUCUGCAUUCCUCAAAUGUCAGGGAAAAUUUACUUUGUUAAGCCAACAACUUCUUCCCUGGAACUCUACUGGCUUUUCCAGAAUUACACAAGGGAUGAAUUUGGAUCAUUGCUGGUUCCUGGCAUAAACUAUCAGCUGUUGAUUCUUUGCCCUUUAAAACUUGGCAAGCAUACAGGAGGAGUUUGCCAGGCAUACAAGAGCUGGAUCUAUGCAUUUAAGGAGAAAUCCUUAGGGACUAUGCAUAGAAAAGAGUGCAAUUUGCUAGAAGUAUCCAGCUGUGAAAUCCAAGCCCUCCUGCAUACAACUCCAGCAACUCACAGUGUAUUUAGACUGGCCUUGAUACCAGUAGUUCCUGGAAGCAGUUUUUGUUGCCUUCAGCUUUAUGAAACUGUGGAUGUAGCUGUAGUGAACCCUCUAAAUGCCUUGAGAUGCUAAGUUAAUAGAAUAGCUCUAACAGGGUUGAUUUUGACUGGCAUAAUCCAGAGCACGGUUACACCUAUGUAUCCCAGUAGCCAGUUAUCCUCAUGGCCUGGAGCUUAACACUGAGCAUAUAAUUGGUAUAAAUAAAUAAAAAUAACACCCUUCAAAGCUGUCAUCAUCUUCAGUAUGAAUAAGUUUCACAUCUAUAUCUUUAUCUUACUGAGCACCCAAGAAUUUCAGUGUCCCAACGUUCAUGGAAAGACAUCAUUGUCAUAGUACUGCUUGAGCUGCACGAUCAAACAAUCCUUGCAGUUCCUCCUAAGGGAAGACUAAAUGUUCUGUAGCUUUAUCGGUCCAAAAGUUAGAUGCCUAAUCUCAGCUAGCUGUGUUAUCCUCCUCAGUUUGCUUAUAUGGGCUAAAUGACGAAUCUGAGCUAUGAGAGAUUUGUCUCAAUAUAAGUGAAGGGGAACAAGUCCCAGCCACAUUGUCUAUAUUUUGAUAGGGAUGAGCAACACUAAACACAGUAGCAGAUUUCAAGUCUCAAGUUUGCCUCAUUCCCCAGGAAAAGGCUCCUGUCUUCAGUGCAUAUUGCAGAAUCAAAUCACUUUUGUCUUGAUGGGCUUAGUGAAUAACGGUUUUAGGCUAUAAUGGAGUUCUUCAGAGGUGCCUAGAUAAAAGACAUUUCAUUUUAUGGAUUAUCCAUAUAUCCAUAAAAUGUCCAUACAUUCAAAAUAGUUGUUGCUAAUAAAACUCGGAAACAUUUCACUCUAGCACGUUGUCAAUAAGCCAAUUAGUGAAAUGAAGCAUUAUGUGUAUUAGACUUCUUUUUGCAAAUACAUUUGUCUAUUUGGAAAUUCAGACUGCAUUUAGUAUUCAAGAAGAAUACCUUACUGGUAUGAUACUUGGUGAUAGUUGCUAUAGUUAUGACUGACUAGUUUCCUCUUUCACCCUGAUACAUGCGGAUGUAAAUGCACUGAGUGACAUGACCGUGAAUAAGCCAAAUUGUGGUCAGGACUCAGACCUUAUCAUGUGCUUUUCUGGCAACUGGGUUUGAUCCACAAACUUCACGGUAUCUCAUAUCUUCACAAUUAAAUUCAAUUAUAUAUUUUCGUUUUAGUGAUCUACUGCAUUGGUAUUUAACUUGGGCCAAAAUUCACAGAUUUUUCAGAUUCAACUAAUUUCCUCACAGGAAAGAUGGACAGAAUUAGGCCCUACAUAUCAAAUCAGUUUCAUCCUGAGGCUUUAGUUUAUCUAGUCAAUCCCACAGAUUUAUUUAUCACAGCCUGUCCAACCUAAGCUUGGCACCUUUUUAUAAUGAGUUCCUUCCUGCCCAGGAGCAGACUAUGGAUCACAACCCAUUACAGCAUGCUGUGGUACAGGGAACCAAUAGAGAUGCAUUAUCCAAUGCAGGCACAGUUUGAAGUGCUAUCUUGUAUAACAAAUUAUUGACUUCAUUGUACUUAGUACGAGGAUUUAAUUAAGCGAUAAGGCCCAUCAUAGUGGUCCUUUAUCUAACAGAUAAGGAUUUACCAAGCUUACCCAAGAGGUCUUUAUCUGAAAGAUAAGGAAAAGGUACAUAAGGUGCCUUCCCCCUGUUUCUAAAUCAUUAAUUGAAAAGACCUUCUUUGUAAGUUCUAGGUUGUUGUCUUUUCUUCGUGGCUUAGUAUGAAGGAUUCAGAUAGACUUUUGUAAGGUAGGCUUGAGCAAGAAUGAAUGUUAGUUGUGGCCUUCACUGGAUGAAAUGAAUAGGUUUUGGAUAGUUUUUAUUUACAGUGUACCCAAAUCCAAUUCAGAGCUGAAUUGGAAAUUUAGCCUCUGAUGUACAUGAGAUUUUCCUGUGACUCCAUGAUACCAUGGCCAUAAAAGAGAUUCAUUCAUUGCUAUGAUUAUGAUUAUGAUCAUGUUAUAAAGUUUAGGAAAAAAAAAAAAAAAACAGAAUUUAUGUGAGAGAAGAAAAUGGCGGAUAGGGCCUUUUAAUUUCAAGGCAAUUCUUUCAAUGAUCAUGCUGUCAACUAAGCUAAACAAUACCAAGAUCUCUGGUCCCUUACCUUUGUAAUUUGAAGACAUAAUAAGCAGAAAACAUAUAAAGAAAUGCAAAGAACAGACUAUUUAAAAUACAAAAGGAAACACAUAGUCCUACUAAUGCUGAUGCCCAAUGAGUAAGAACACAGAGAGAUUGCCAGAUAUAUGGUUUAUAUAGAGGCACCAACAGUCUCCUGCAUGAAUGAAAAAGGACAGGAUCUUUGGAAUUAGCAGAUUUAAUGCCUAACGUUACAACCACUUCUUUAUGUAAUCCUUUCAUAAAUGUUCAAGAUUGUUUUAAAGCAGUGAGGCCGUUACCUCCCCCUCUUUCAGGAAUGACGUGAUGCAACAUGUGAUAUCUUCAGUUUACAGGGUGACGGUAUCCUAGGCAAAUCCAUACUUGUUUGUGCUUAUUUGCUGACAUAAUCUUUUAGCCUAAGUGGCAUUUCUUCCUUCCCAGCCCUUUUCCGUCCCAUCCCAAUGUGUGCACAGACAGCAGUCAGACUUUACUAUGCUCUGUAAAACAAGAUGGCACCAUGUAGUUCUAUGAGUCCAUAACUGACAAACACGUAUUAACUACGUACACUUCAGGGACCUGGGACAUAUCAGUCCCAGUGUUUAUUCCAUGUCAAGUUGCUUUCUGAAGGCUCUGUGAAAUCCUCCUGCAUUUGCAAGCAUCCAACAAUCAGAGCUGCCAGAUACUGGGAAUUUGGUGGGUUACUGCCCAAAGCAGUUGUCUACCACAUAAAUUGAUAGUGUUGGCAGCUCUGCUUGUGAAAGACUCCCUGUUCCCAGAUUGUAUUAAUCAUCCUGCCCUGCACCUGUUCCAGCUUGAAUUCUUCAUGCUUGAGCAGGGGCAGUAAAGCAGAGUCUGAAGGGAUCGGAUUGUAUUAGAAGUGCUUGGAGCAAUUCAAGCCAGGACCAAGUACCAGUUAUAAUGAGACCCUCCAGGUUACACAAGAGGCAAAUUGCCUAGGCAGCAAGUGGAAGUUUGUAGUGCUGCUCCCAGCCUGUUUGUUCAGUAACCAGGGGAUUUCAGUGCCAUUGUUGACAAUCUGACACCCUUUGCAGGCAAUCGAUUGCCUUUUUUAAAAGUAUCUAGUACAGAAGCAAUAAGCAAGUGGAAAGGUGUGAAUUAAAAUGUGUACACAGCUAAAGAUGAUUACUCAGAUAUUUGCUUAGAUCUGAAAUCCCAGCUGUGGAGCUAGGAUUAUUCUUUCUUGCUCCAAAUACUCUCCAGUAAUUGCCUUGUGAGCAAUUUUUCUACUGUGUGUUUUUACUUAUUUAGUUGCAAUUUCAAAAACUGGUUGAGCUUCCUGACUCAGAGAAAGCUACAUGCAUGGUCCCUCACCUCUGUGCACCUUUGUGUAGCCUCCCAUGCCUGCCAUCCUCUGAUCCAGGUCUCCGAUGGCUCACACUCCAGAGCAGCCAACAGUACUGCACCCACUGGCUUCAACAGAAUAACUUUCCCACCGCAUACCUCAUGCUUAUUUCACUCAGAAAAGAUGUUAUCUGAGUGCUGCUGUUGGGCACUCUGCUCUUCCGUCCUUUCCUGACGAGUGAGCAAAGUCAACCUCCUCGAAUUAUAUGUCUAUCAACACAGAAUUAUUUUGCCUCAUAUAUUUGAAUGGUAAAAUAUUAAAAGGGAUUUUUGUUCCCUGAAAUCACACUCUGGUGAGAGCUGCUCCAGUCAGAAAUGUUUUGCCCUCUCUCU